GAGCAGCUUCUUCAGUCCGGCUUUGGCUCCUUUACAAGAGACAAAACACGUCCUUGCCGGUCACAUGGCCAUAUGCCAGUCACAUGAUCAAAGGUUUCGCUCUAAGAUCACACAGAGAGCUGGGAGGCUGCAGGGCAGGAGCGUAGAUCUGACACACUCUGCCUGAUAUUUGCUAGCCUGAUCCAUGCAGCGAUUUGCAUGCGGGGAGGGGGAAGGGAGAUCAGCUGGAGCGAGCCGACUGGCUGCAAGUAGCAGUGACAUCCCUCUGCUUUGCUGCUUAUUGAAUGCUUUUACCAGCAGUUAUCAGCGUGUAAUAUGUUCACUAGAGUCAAAUCUGCUCUGGUCAGUUUCAUGGGAGGCAUCAUGGCUGGCAACUCUGGCUUGGAUCAUGCCAACAGCUCUGAUAUGCCGGUCAGGUUUUCAUACACUAGACCUGAGUUCCUUGGUCUGUCCCAGGAUGAGAUUGAGUGCUCGGCCGAUCACAUCGCUAGACCCAUCAUCAUCCUAAAGGAAACACAGAGGUUACCAUGGAGCACCGGCUAUGCGGAAGUGAUAAAUGCGGGUAAAAGCACACACAAUGAGGAUCAAGCAAGCUGUGAGGUAGUGUUUGUGAAGAAGAAAGCUGGAGUCCAGUCUACCCCAAACAAAAACUCUUCAAGCAAAAGAAGGUCAUCUCUGUCAAAUGCAGAGGGCUUACAGCUUAAGGACAACCAGGAAGUAGAUGGAAUAACAUUCCAUUACUGGGCACUAUUUGAUGGUCAUGCUGGAGCAGGAGCUGCUGUUGUCGCAUCCAAACUUCUCCAUCAACAUAUAUCUGAGCAAAUUCAGGACAUAAUAGAUAUCCUGAAAAAUUCUGCUGUUUUGCCUCCUUCCUGCUUGGGUGAAGAUCCAGAAAGCACCUCAAGCAACAGUAGGACACUUACCAGAGCAGCUUCCCUACGUGGUGCAGUGGGUGUUCCAGGAUCACCCAGCACACCACCAACGCGAUUCUUUACAGAGAAAAAGAUUCCACAUGAAUGUCUUGUCAUUGGAGCUCUUGAAAAUGCCUUUAAGGAGAUGGAUCUACGAAUUGAACGUGAAAGAAGCACUUACAAUAUAUCAGGUGGCUGCACAUCACUUAUUGUAGUAUACUUGUUGGGGAAAUUGUAUGUAGCCAAUGCUGGUGACAGCAGGGCUAUAAUUAUUCGAAAUGGUGAGAUCAUUCCUAUGUCUUCAGAAUUUACUCCAGAGACAGAAAGACAGCGUCUCCAAUAUUUGGCAUUUCUACAGCCACAUCUACUCGGAAAUGAGUUUACACAUUUAGAAUUUCCAAGACGUGUGCAGAGAAAAGAGGUGGGAAAAAUAAUGCUGUACAGGGACUUCAAUAUGACAGGCUGGGCAUAUAAAACAAUUGAAGAAGCCGAUUUAAAAUUCCCCCUGAUAUACGGAGAGGGCAAAAAGGCUCGUGUUAUGGCUACAAUUGGUGUAACAAGAGGGCUCGGGGACCAUGACUUGAAAGUACAUGACUCGAAUAUUUAUAUUAAACCUUUCCUAUCCUCAGUCCCCGAGGUGAGAGUCUACGAUCUUGUGCAACAUGAACACAGUGCAGAUGAUGUGCUUGUUCUGGCAACUGAUGGGCUUUGGGAUGUGUUGCUUAAUGAAGAGGUCUUAGAAGCUGUUACGGCUUUCCUUGCAAACUGUGACCCUGAUGAUCCUCACAGAUACACCCUGGCAGCACAGGAUCUGGUAAUGCGGGCGAGAGGCGUGCUCAAAGACCGGGGCUGGAGAAUAUCAAACGACAGGCUGGGCUCAGGAGACGACAUCUCUGUUUACGUCAUCCCUUUGGAACAUGGAAACAGAGCAUUAUGAUCUGAACACUCAGUGGCUGCAUUUGCUAGGGGAAAAGGCAGAUUUUAUCGUUUAUAUACUGCUAACAUGCUGUAAAGGAAAUUCAGGACUGGAAGACAGAUGUACAAAACCCUGCUGUAUUUUACCUUGUGAUUUGGGAACCUCCGCGAGAAUAUAUUUAAAUGCUGCUAAUGUUACAUGAAUUCUUCUACUUUACACUAAAUUUGCCAGUUCAAGCUAUUGGUUUUCCCUUUGUUCAAAAAGUAAGUUCUUUACAUGAUGGUAUUUGUUUUAGAAAAAAAAAAAGAUAUAUAGCACACAGUAGCCUGUUGUGGGUAAUGCAAUAAAAGGUGUAUGGAUUGCUCCAAGUUUAGUAACCCAGCGGUCCCUAAACUUUUUUGCACCUGGAGGAGCGGGGGGGGGGUGUAGAUAGGUAUUUUGGUCCUUAUCGCAAUCAGUAGAAAGCGUCAUGGCAAUGGUGUGUCAGGGAGCUGGGAUUGAAGGUAAUUAGGGCAUUUUUCAUUGUCUUUGCAGCUAUUAUAGACUGCAGCUAAGACCAGAGGGGGGCCAGUUCAGCACAGCCCACGACCCGUUGUUUGGGGACCCCUGUAGUAACCCAUAGCUUCCAAUCAGAUAUUUGUUUAAUGCUGACUGCUGACCGUAGGCCAGGACCAAACAUUUUACCUUGUAGUACUAUUCACAGAUGAAGAAUCUCUACCCGGGUGUCCAUUCAGCUGCCUGCUGGCUUUGGUGCUGAUAUUACCACAUUAAAGUGCAUCAUUGAGGACACGUACUUAUUAUAUUCUCAUAACUGAAUAAAUGCCAAUAGUGCAGGCAGCAGCAGCAUGGGAAUACCAUUAAAGGCUGCUCCAUCUUUAGAUGUCAAUCGUUUUCUCAUAACUUCACCUUUUUGGGGGUGAGAAAACCAGAUACAUUUCUAAACACCUAAGACAAUGUAUCCAGUUCAUUUAGCUUUAUUUGUUUAGUUUUUAAAGUCUGAGAAACUGUAUCAUUUUUAUAUGUGAAAACAAAAGUUAAAUGGGUUGUUCUGCACUUGCAUUGCACCUCACUGUGCAAGCGCAACUUCUCUCUGUUUCCAUAAACAUUUUCGCUUGUUUGUAUGAUUAUUUAUCUAAGACCUUUCCUUUAAUAUCUCCAUUUCUGCCUGCCCAAAGCAUGCAAUUUGAUGAAAUGGUUCUACACAGAAGAGACUGUUCAAAAGGCAUAAGAAAGCGGUCAGCAUAGCCUCUUACUCAGUAAAGCCAAAUAUUGCGUUCGCAUUGACAGAAUACAUAAUCAUGCUGCUUACAGCUUCACAUGAAUCGAGAAGGAAGAACAUUCGCAGUGUUCCCCGUUGAGCAAUAUUUCGUUAAACUAGCAUUGGUUUAUACGUUAUGCUUUGCUCCAUGACAUUGCUGACUUUGGCUUUGAAAGUGAAUAAAUCUCACACAGGCAGGUAUUAAAUUAAGGGCUCAUUUACCCCGGGAUAAAAACUAAGCAUGAUAAUGGGCACAACAGUGGUAUAUACUGUAUCUGCGAUGCAAAGAGUUGCAACAAAAGUAGAGACAAAUUGUAUUGCGGGUGAAAAAAUUUUUUGCACUUUGCCUCAAUUUAGUAAAAAAGCCCUCAUAAAUAAGAAUGCCAUGCCAAUGGCUUUGCAGCACAAUUGUUAUCUGCAUUCAGAUGGUUUUGUCAGUUUUAUAUAUGAAAACCAUAAAAAUUGCAGUUGUGCCUGUUGAGAUUAAGCUUGGUAGAAAAAGUUGUUUAAAAAUGCAAAACCACGUAGUCUUUACUUAUGCCGUAUACGUUUGCACAUUUGAUGCAGAAGAGCAAUUGGCCGUAUCCAGGAGGAAUUGUAGUUGUACUGAAAGAUCAUUUGUUGUUUAGGGGAACCAAGGCACUGCCUGUGAGUUAUAAGGACAUAUCUCUUUCCCUGGCCAAUUAUUUUCUUGCAGUUUUUGAAAUGCUGUAGCAGCUCUUAUGCCGCUUUAUGGCCUCACCAUUUGCUGUCAAGAUAAAUCUAUUAGAAGCAUGAGGCUUCAUAGAAACUGGUGACUGAUCUUGAUCUUCUACGUAUGUCUUAGGUUCUUCUCCCUCUAUAAUUAUAAACAUAACAAGACAUUUUAUAGGUUUGGCCCUUUUUAGGGCUUUCCAACAGUGCCGCCGGCAUACACAAGCAGCCAAUGCCCGGGAGAGUAUAGCUAGAGUUCAUUUUUAUUUAGAUCUGAUAAACUGAAUGUUUUUGGGUAAAAAUCACAACAAAGUACUUAGAUAAAGGUGAAGGAUGAAGUACCUUUUUUUUUUCUUACUAUCCUGAUAAGACAUUCAUUUCUAGCUUCACAGCCAUGUGUCAAUCUAGUUUAGUAUAUACCCCUUUAAUGCAGGGAACAAUCAUGUAAAUACAGUAAAAAUCUAGUGGUUAAAUAAUGUUUUUUUUUUUGCAAACAUUUUUCACUAUAUGUUUUCUUAUAGUUUUUAAAAUAUUCAACAGUCGCUGUUUGUGCCUCAAAUAGAUACUGAUAUUGGCUGAAGAAAAGCAUGCUAGUAGUGUUAUGAAUGAGACAUGGUUGAGGGAAUCCCUGUGUUUUGUGCAGUUUUAUGAUUGAAAAUGUAAUUUUUUUUAAUCCCUCAACCCAACAAUCUUUUCUGAUUUGUGAUGUCUUUUACGUGGGGAUAUAAAUGAUGGGUUCAGGAUUGAUGAAUCGACUUCUCAGGGGAUAUAGAUCUUAGGUCAAAGGGGGCACAUUAAUAAAACAGUAAGUGGGGAUAUGGCUUCCAAGGCACACACAGAAUAAGUUGACCCUUUCUGCAGCCUGGAGCAAGCGUUAUGUGAGCUCUUAGGGGAUGUCUUCUGGCGGAUAAACAACCGUGUGUUAUGAACUGUGCUGUAAAUCCUGCAAAGAAGUCACUACUUCUCCUCACAGAAAUGCUAAUAAAAUUCAACUUAAUUGCUCCAACUUGUCAUUAGCAGCCAGUGGGUCAGCAGAGUAGAACAGAAUGCUGAAGACAAUAGCACAGACACUUUGGGUAUGGCAUGAAAGUUGGAUUGUCUGCCAUGUUGUUCUGUAUGUCCAUGUAGACAGGAUUUGUUUUUGAGACUGUUGAGGAUUUUAUUGUGCCAUUUUUGUCAUAUCACAUUAUUUAUAAUAUUUAUUGUGUUCGCACUUUGAACACAAGAAUAGUUUGGCAUCUCAGAAUGAAUAUUGCAUGGCAGGCGCUUUAAAUCUGUACAUUCCUUUCCUGCAUCUUGUCAUAUAUGUCACAUAUAUUCCCACACAUCACUCUGAAUGUAUACUGAUGCGUAACUAGACAGAAAAUGACAAGCAAACCUCCCAUCCAAAUGGAAAUGAUUUGCAUUUUUUUAUAUGAACGCUACAUAAUGGAGAAUCUAUGCAGGAUGCUGUAGAGAUGUCAUUAGCCAUAACUGCUCAUUAUGAAUGCUAGAGAUGGCAUCACUGUAGAUCCAUAUUGAUUCUCCCACAUUUAUAGAAUUGUAGGGCAGCUGAUUGACCUGUCUCGGUAUAUGCCCCCCUUCAGAAGCAGUUGGAAUCCUCUAAGGAGCAGCAUUUGUAAUCUCACAGAGGAGAUAAUGAAACCUAUUUAUGAUAUAUUGAGAUGGCUAUAGGGAGCAAAUUGAGGAAGGCUGAUGUGCAGUAGUCUGGCUUCAUACCUUUAUGAAAACUCCUUUUAUUUCAAUCACAUCUUUCAGCCAGUCCUAUUUUACAUGUUUUAAUGAUAAUUGUGGAUCUAGUCCAUGCAUAGGAGAACUACAGGCUAACUAAAGAAGUAGCUAGAAAUGUUGUACAUUAUGUUUUGGGCUUCUGUACCAGCCCAAGGCAACCACA